UCCCAACUCUGAUCUAAACCUAUUUAAACUCCAGAGUCAUUAUGCACUUUUCACUUCUAUACGUGCCUGAGGAACCCCAGUAAAGUUGUCAAAAAAAUUGGAGAUCAGAUGGGGAAAUUUACACUCUUAGCAGGCUUUGCCUUGGCACUUUGCCACUGUGCAUUCUCCAUGGAAAUGGGCUGCUACUUCACAAACUGGUCCCAAUACAGACCUGGAAUUGGAAAAUAUACGCCCGCAAAUGUCGACCCCUUCCUGUGCACACAUCUUUUUUAUGCUUUUGCAAUGAUUAACCAUGCCAAUGAGCUUGUCACCUAUGAGUGGAACGAUGAGACCCUCUACAAGUCCUUCAAUGACCUUAAAAAUAGAAAUCCAAGUCUUAAGACCCUUUUAGCGAUUGGUGGAUGGAACUUUGGUUCAACACAGUUCUCCAUCAUGGUGUCCACUCCUGGAAACCGUCAAAAGUUUAUCCAGUCUUCCAUCAGCUUUCUGAGAACUCAUGGAUUUGAUGGUAUGGACUUGGAUUGGGAAUAUCCAGGAUCAAGAGGAAGUCCACCUGAAGACAAACAAAGAUUCACACUGCUGUGCAAAGAACUUAUUGAAGCCUAUGAGGCUGAGGGCAGAGCUACUGGCAGACCAAGACUACUUCUGAGUGCUGCGGUGGCAGCUGGCAAAGGGACAAUCGAUGCUGGAUAUGAGAUUGCAGAGAUUGCCAAAUACCUGGACUUUAUCAAUGUGAUGACAUAUGACUUCCAUGGAACUUGGGAAAGAUUCACAGGGCACAACAGCCCUCUGUAUCAAGGGUCUGCGGAUGAUGGAGAGCUGAUAUAUUUCAAUACCGAUUUUGCCAUGAACUACUGGAAGGACCAGGGUACCCCCGUGGAGAAACUCAGAAUGGGUUUCGCAACAUAUGGACGUACCUUCCGUCUGACGACUUCCGAAACUGGAGUUGGAGCUCCAGCUAGUGGACCUGCUUCAGCUGGAACCUACACCCGUGAGGCUGGAUUCUGGGCUUAUUAUGAGAUCUGUGGCUUCCUACAAGGAGCAACCAUUAAUUGGAUUAAUGAUCAAAAGGUGCCAUAUGCCACAAAGAACAGCGAGUGGGUUGGAUUUGACAGCAAAGACAGCUAUGAAAUUAAGGUCAGUUAUCUAAAAGACAAAAAGUUUGGAGGAGCCUUCGUGUGGGCACUUGAUCUGGAUGAUUUUGCCGGACAGUUCUGUGGACAGGGGAAUCAUCCUCUCAUGGGCCAUCUGCGCAAUCUUCUGAAUAUUCCAAUACCACCAACGCCCUCAACCACCACCCGUGAUCCCAAUCAGACAACCAUCACUACUAAACCAACAACCACAACUACCACUCAUGCACCAGGACCAGGAUUCUGUAAUGGAAAGCCAGAUGGACUCUAUGGUAACCCUGAAAAUCCAGCCCAAUUUUACAACUGUGCAGGAGGUAACACAUACCUGAGUCAAUGUGCUUCGGGCACUGUGUUUAAUGACAGCUGUAAGUGCUGUUCUUGGCCCUAACCACGAAGGGAUUGUGAAUGUUCAACCUUAUGAAGAGAUUAUGACACUUAAAGAAACCUCCAUGAACUAUGAAAUGGAAAAAUGUAACUAUGUCAUAUAAAAGAAUGCUGGUGUAAAGACUC